UCAUCAUUCUCGAACUUUUGAUCAUCCACCCUGACGGCAUAUUGUUGAUAAAUGAGACUGACGGGACGUUCCUUUGUCUUGCGACAUCAUGCAAAAUGAAUCUGGGAACCUAUGUGUAUGUGAAAUGUUUUUUUCUCUAAUCACGACUCAAAACCUCUCCACAGGACAUGAACAUCGCGUCGUUGAAACGAGCGGCACGAAAUGGUUCAAUACCCGCGAUGAAAGAGCUUGUCACCAGGUCAAUAGGAAAAAACCAGCUGCUAGCUCAGGUUUUUCCCCUUGUCAAACAACAUCUCUCAAACGUGCCUACGCGGAACGAAGCAUCCGUUCAGAUGAUGCUCAUUUGCUUUGAUUCCUUGAUUUACGGUCUCGAGAAUGAUCUCAUCAAUUCGGCCACCCUUUUCGUCCCACUCUGGCAUUCCAUUUGUCCAUGGAUAUCCUUCUUCAUCACCCAGUACCAUUUAGACCUCGCUGAAACAACUGUCGACGACCACGAAGCUUUGCUAAAGUCGGCUAAGCUGGUCUAUCUCUUUGUCCAAAUACCAGAGGUGUUGCCAUGGUUGGCCGCUGUUCCUCGCUUGGUUAGUUGCAUAUUCAAAAUGUCCCUCAUUGCAGCUUCGGUGGAUUAUGACUCGGACAUCCUGAUAUCUACUUCAAGAACCAUCACCACUAUCUCUGCUGCCGUCGAUCAGAUAGGCCAGGGCUGGCAGAUCGAUGUUUCCCGUGUCUUGACAUCGGAAGCACCUGCUAACCUCGCGCUCGGCACAGUCCAACGGUUGAUCGAGCUCGCCGAGAAACCCCAAAUUCCGUAUUCCGAUCUCAUCGCCCGCUUAGAAACCCUACUUUUCUGCUCAGGAAACGAUGAAAAACUACGUCUUCAAUUUUUUUCGAAGCAAUCGGUCGCAUGGGUGACAUUUGUCAUGGGACGAUUAACCCGGGCACGCAAUCUUGAAUCUUUCAAUUUGCCCCUAGCCCGACGGGCCAUGUUCCUGUCCGUUAUGUACCUGAAGAAGAACCUCAGGUAUGGGUUUACAUGGGUUUCGGAUGCCCUGGACAAAGGGAUCUUGCAGGCCAUCGUGAAAUCACAGCCGUAUAUCGCACGCGAGCACCAGGAAUCCUUGGAGUCCUUGACCGUGGGAAUCCUGGAUACGAUUACCCUGUUCGCCGUUUACAGGAGCGUAUUGCACCGCGCUCGUACUUCAUUGAGGAGGGCGGAAGCGAUACAAGAUGCCGCAAAACUCCAAGGAAUUGUGAAAGAUGCCUGGAUGAGGUUGAAAGACAAGGUGAACCACUUGUGGGAUCUGAGACCAAUGUAUUUUAUGGUCCGUGGUGGGGCGACAAGUUGUAUGAGCGAUAACUGCAUGACCAGACAACAAGGGAACACAUCCAGAGUACGCGACAUGCGAUGUUCCGGCUGCCAGUAUGCUUAUUACUGCUCUCGUGAAUGUGCCAAGUCGGGAUGGAAAGAUGGACAUCGAAAGCAGUGCCUUGAACUACGUCGGCAAUUUCAAGAAGGAUACCCCCGCGUCAUGUCACCUUGUGAGGAUGAAUGGUUUAUCAUCGUUGGCCAAAGCGAGGUUUAUCGUGCAUUGGGUGGAAAAGAGGUUGUCGAUGCUAUGCGGAAGGCCUACAGCGACGCCCAUCCAUCUGUGCCAAACCACUCCAUUUUGACAUUCAUCGAUUAUACCAUUGUUCUUGGCCCUCAGAUCGAGGUUAUGAGCCUACAAGACUUUGUGCGCACUCGGGACAUGGGAUACUAUCGGUGGGAGACGUAUCGAGACAUGGCAAUUGAGAGGAACGGAUUCCUGCUAGGAAUUACGAUACCGGAUAGCGAUCUGCAGCCGUACAAUUGCCUCGCUUUAUCUAGGGAGCAUUGAUAUACUUACUUGUGUAUAGUUGUAUGUAUAAUAAUGCUGGACGCUUCCCUGUAUCCCCUAAUACGCAGCUGCUGUUGUAUCUGUAUUCAUAUGUCUGCCUGAUAUGCAUUCAAUCUUGUAGGAAGCUUUUCACGGAACGAGCCUAAACUUGAGGAAGACGUUUAACGAAGAUCAGACAAGGAACAAGUUUUUCCGGAUGGGUCCGAUGUAGUAUGUCGUAAGAUAAAAUGUCGACUUGCUGAAGGCCGACAUAGUUGGAAGGCAAGAAGAA